CGGCGCCUCUUCUCCUCCGCGGCCCAGCGCUCGGACCGCUGUCUCCGCUUCUCUGCCGUCGGCACGCCGCGGGGGCGCUCACCUCCACGCCGGGCGGCCGGGAGCCGCUCCCUCUCGGGGAGGUGACAGUAGAAUUCAUAUAAGUGAAGAAUUUUUAAAGACAGUAACAAAAAGAGAAGGAAAAUGCCGAAACCAAUUAAUGUGAGAGUAACUACAAUGGAUGCUGAGCUGGAAUUUGCCAUCCAGCCGAAUACAACUGGCAAACAACUUUUUGACCAGGUGGUGAAAACAGUUGGUUUGCGUGAGGUCUGGUUUUUUGGGCUGCAGUACGUAGACAGCAAAGGUUAUUCUACAUGGCUGAAACUAAAUAAGAAGGUGACCCAGCAAGAUGUUAAAAAAGAGAAUCCUUUACAGUUCAAGUUUAGAGCUAAAUUCUUCCCUGAAGAUGUUUCUGAGGAAUUAAUUCAAGAAAUAACCCAGAGACUUUUCUUCUUGCAAGUUAAAGAGGCCAUCUUAAACGAUGAGAUAUAUUGCCCACCAGAAACUGCAGUUCUUUUAGCUUCCUAUGCUGUCCAAGCCAAGUAUGGAGAUUAUAAUAAAGAGAUUCAUAAGCCGGGCUACUUGGCUAAUGAUAGACUCCUACCUCAGCGUGUUUUGGAACAACACAAACUGACAAAAGAACAGUGGGAAGAAAGAAUACAGAACUGGCAUGAAGAACAUCGAGGAAUGCUAAGGGAAGAUUCUAUGAUGGAAUACCUGAAGAUUGCACAAGAUCUAGAAAUGUAUGGAGUCAAUUAUUUUGAAAUAAAAAAUAAAAAGGGAACUGAGCUGUGGCUAGGUGUUGAUGCCCUGGGUCUGAAUAUUUAUGAGCAUGAUGACAAGUUAACACCUAAAAUCGGUUUUCCCUGGAGUGAAAUCAGAAAUAUUUCAUUUAAUGACAAAAAGUUUGUUAUAAAACCAAUUGACAAAAAGGCACCUGAUUUUGUUUUUUAUGCACCUCGUUUGAGAAUCAAUAAGCGGAUUUUGGCCUUAUGUAUGGGAAACCAUGAACUGUACAUGCGAAGAAGGAAACCUGAUACUAUUGAAGUACAGCAGAUGAAGGCUCAGGCUAGAGAGGAGAAACACCAGAAGCAGUUGGAAAGAGCGCAAUUAGAGAAUGAAAAGAAGAAAAGAGAAAUAGCAGAAAAGGAAAAGGAAAGAAUAGAACGUGAGAAGGAGGAACUAAUGGAACGUCUAAGGCAAAUUGAAGAACAGACAAUGAAAGCCCAAAAAGAACUAGAAGAACAGACUCGAAAAGCUCUAGAGCUGGAUCAGGAACGAAAGCGAGCGAAAGAAGAAGCAGAACGACUUGAAAAAGAGCGUCGAGCUGCUGAAGAGGCCAAGUCAGCCAUAGCAAAACAGGCUGCUGACCAGAUGAAGAAUCAGGAACAGCUGGCAGCAGAACUUGCUGAAUUCACUGCCAAGAUUGCACUUCUAGAAGAAGCCAAGAAGAAGAAGGAAGAGGAAGCUACUGAGUGGCAGCACAAAGCUUUUGCAGCCCAGGAAGACUUGGAAAAAACCAAAGAAGAGUUAAAAACUGUGAUGUCUGCUCCCCCUCCCCCUCCACCACCACCAGUCAUUGCUCCAACAGAAAAUGAGCAUGAUGAACAUGAUGAGAAUAAUGCUGAGGCUAGUGCUGAAUUAUCAAAUGAAGGGGUAAUGAACCACAGAAGUGAGGAAGAACGCGUAACAGAAACACAGAAAAAUGAGCGUGUUAAAAAACAACUCCAGGCAUUAAGUUCAGAAUUAGCCCAAGCCAGAGAUGAGACCAAGAAAACACAAAAUGACGUUCUUCAUGCUGAGAAUGUUAAAGCAGGCCGUGAUAAGUACAAGACUCUGCGACAGAUUCGACAAGGCAAUACAAAGCAGCGUAUUGAUGAGUUUGAAGCAAUGUGAGAACUGUUCCUUUGCAUACAUGUUCUUCAUAAGCUGAACCACCAUCAGAGAAAAGCAGGCCUUUGCAGAUGUGAUGGAAUGCAGCCCACCUUGCCAAAGCACUUAACACCAGUUUGACUGUGGUGGCUAAAUGAAAAAUUUAAGGGGAACUCUUCAACAUUAAGGCAGUGUGAUGUUGUGUUUGGUUUUCUUUUGGGCCAGGGAAUGGAGAACAGUGAUCUGUCACCUCCUUUCACAUUGUCCAUUUUCCAUUUUUCUGUUGAAAAUUAACACUAAUUAUCAUGUCUGAUGAAUGUGUAUGUGUGGUUUGAGCACUUUCUACAUUUUAAAGCAUAAUUGGUGAGAUUUUAAUGGAUGUUUAGAGCGCUCUGUUUCCCCUUGCCCCUUCUAUAUUUAAUCUGCAUGCAUUUUCACAUUCUCUCACACUUGCAUUUUUUCAGUGUGCCCUUCUCAUGUCCUGCCACAUCCAUAAUUCUGCCAUGACACAGAUCAUUGGAAAUGAUGGUAGUAGCAGAGUGGAUAGUCUUUGAUCAUUGCGUAGGAGGUGUCUAUGAAUAAUAAAAGGAAUUAGAAUGUUUAGUGCUACAGUGCAGCUAUUCCCCGUUUAAUUUGCAGUAUUGGGUGUUUGCUUAAUCACAGUCAUCUUUAACAGCUAAACUGGUUGGCGUUUCAUCUCCUGGAGUCCAUUUAUGUUUUUUGUUGCCUGCCGCUUCAGAGAUAUAGACAACAAAUUUUUUAGGACAGUUUCUUGAUGAAAUAUUACUUGCAAAUGAGUUGUCUGAAAGAUUUGAAAAGUUUUUCAUAGAUUUUUUUUUUAAGAAAAUCAAAUGUUUAAUAAAAUAAAAUACAGAUUUGUUGGUAGUUUAUUUUAUUCACUAAAACAAAAAUCCUGGACCUUUCUGGAAGGGCAGCAUCUGAAAACAUCAGUCCCAAGAAGGGGACAAGAAUACUACCUCACUGUUACACCUGCGGUGACUGGUUGUUCCAACCCGAUGGAGUGUGUAAGCUGUACAUUGUAUAAUAUUAUGUGAUAGUCUUAAUCAUGAAGGAAUACUUUCGAGAUUUCAUUUUCUUUCUGAAUACCUGAGUGCUAAAUUAACUGCCUUAUUGUUGAAUUGAACUGUGGGACUCUGAUUUGUAUUAAAAUUCAAAGCUUUCACUGGUAUACUAUCUUCCUGGAGGAGUGUGGGGUGUGUGUGUGUUUGAGAGAGAAAGAGAAAUUACCCUUGUAGCAUAUGAAGAAUGUCUGUACCUUCAUCUCUUGGUAUCAUAGUUAACAUAAUCAUACUUGGUUUCUAAAUCACUGUGCUUAUUUUUUAUCCUAAAUUUUGGUUAAUCCUAUUUUAGAUUACAUUAAUUUGUUAUGAGUUACUGAAGAAAUCCUCCCAGUUAGAGAAAAAAACGUUGUGAUACAGUUUGGAAAACACCUAGAUUUGAAGCUAUGGAGAGCCUUGUUUUCUCUGUGUGGUUCAGCUACUUUCCAUUUGGUAUUAUGCACUCAAAUUUACAUUUAUCUGUUAAAAUUGCCAUUUUAUUAAACAUUUUUUCAUGCACAGUCAGUUGACUUUGUGUCUGAAAAUAUCUCGUGCUUUAUUUUGCUGACUUUAAAAGGAUUAAUCUGGGCAGACAUGAAAAGGAAAAGGCUGCAUUUAAUAUAUUUUUUUGACUUUGUAGGACAAAAGAUAACUGGUUAACUUGAAGUGGCUGUUGCUCAAUGGUUAUACACAUGCUUCAAAACUGUGGGCAAGAAUCGGGACCUGAUGGUGGAGCCCACUCUCCAGGCUUUGAAACUUAAGUUUCACUUUUCCAAAGCAUUAAAAAUUGCCAUAAUAGGUGAAAACCUGGACUUUCAUUUUCUUCGUUUUGAAUUAUGUGCACUACCACUGCUACACCACUUUGAUACAGUGUUGAAAAAUUACCAGUUAUAUUUGCUGUUUAUAAUCUAUUUGUAGAUUAGGAUUAAAAUGGAUUAAAUCCAUUUUUAAAGCUGUGUGAAUUUUUCCAAACAGAAACAACCAUUUGCAAUAUGGUUUUCGUAGUGACUAAAAAUCAACUAUAAUUUUUAUCAUUAGCAGUUGAGCACAUGUUUAUAUAACAAUGUAAAAAAUAUACACUAAUGAGUAUUUGGCAAAUUCCAAUAGGCUUUUACCAUUAGCAUAAUUUUGUGUUGUACAAUUAAAUUACAUCUCUAAUUUUGGAUAAUAUUCAUUGGUUAACAAUAAAGUGACAAAAACUCA